AUGAAGAAGCCCCAUAGCAUCCUCAAGAUCCAGACCCAAGCAGAAUCUCUUUACUCAUCUGCAGUCCAAGAUGAGAAACCUCCCACCUCCAAGUGCCAGUGCAAUGUUUCCUUUGACAUCACAGAGAUUCGUGUGUACCCUCAAAUGUUAGACACAAGUUGUGAAGGCGCCGCUCUGACAAUUGGCUGGGAGCCUGUCUCCACAGAAGUAACAACGGUGCAAGAGUAUUACUUGGAACACUCUUCCAACCUGCGAUCGAGUGAUGGAAAGCUACGUGCCAUGAAGCCUGAACACCGCAUCAGUAUUCUCAUCAAUGCUGGUUAUAGCAGGGAUGAGUUGUAUCACCACAUGGUCUCUUUCUCACUCAUGGAAGAAGAAGCAAAGCUUCAGUCAAAGACAAUAUAUAGCAAGCUUAGAAAGGCUGCUCUGAAAUUCACUGGUGUCGGCGUUGCCCAGAAACUCAGCACAGGUGUCAACGCUGCCGCCUAA